GACGUUGCAAAAUCUACACAAAUCCAGAGUCUUAAUUUUCCAUCUAAUUCUCCAAAUGGCAAGUUCUAAUGAUGUAGUACUGUUAAACUUCUGGGCCAGCCCCUUCGGUGAAAGGGUCGAAAUCGCUCUGGCUGAAAAGGGUGUCCAUUAUGACUACAAAGAAGAAGACUGGGCUGACAAAAGCUCCCUGCUUCUUCAGAUGAACCCGGUUCACAAGAAACUCCCGGUUCUCAUCCACCAUGGCAAACCCAUCUGUGAAUCUAACAUCAUUGUUCAGUACAUCGAUGAGACAUGGCAGACCGAGGAUCCGCCAUUGUUGCCUUCCGAUCCUUAUCUCAAAGCUCAAGCCAGGUUCUGGGCAGACUUUGUUGACAAUAAGGUUAAUUUUUCAGCUAUAUGGAGAACAAAAGGAGAAGAGCAAGAAAGAGCGAAGAAAGAAUUCAUAGAUCUGUUGAAGGUGUUGGAAGAGCAGCUUGGAGAGAAGCCAUAUUUGAUAGGAGAGAGUUUUGGGUAUGCAGAUAUCGCACUGAUCCCGUUCAGCUGCUGGUUUUAUGCAGUGGAGAUUAUUGGGAAGAUGAAUAUAGAGAAAGAAUGUCCUAAGUUCAUUGAAUGGGUUAAAAGAUGUAUGGAAAGAGAGAGUGUCUCCAAGUCUCUUCCUGAUCCCCACAAGAUUUAUGAGUAUGUGUUGGAACUAAUGAAGAAACUUGGCAACUAAGUUAUUUAGCGUAAUAAAAUAUGAUACUUGGUUGAUGUCU